CAAGGGACUCCCCCCGCAGCAAACCUGACAAUUAAACGAAAACCCCGUCCGCUCGCGCCCGGGAGGCGUUUGGAAUAAAAGCAACACGGGCGCUUAGAUGUUUGUGUUUAUUUUCGUCUUGUUUGCGAUAAUCUCUUCCCAAUAUGUUCUCCCGCAGCCGCCAUGCACUGCAGGUUUCCCGUUUGCCCGUUGCCCGUUUUGCCCCGCCGUCUUGCCGGAAUUCCACAGUACGUACCCGCCUAUAAAAGUGUGUUUGCCCUGUAAAGUGCCCUGUAAACGCUAUGGACCCGCCUGCCGACACCUCUCAGCCUACCACAGUCGCGCACUGCCCAAAAAGGGAAACACGCAAACUUCGAGUCCAUGCACGAGUCUGCGGGCGGCUUAGAUGACGGGCUCAAACCUUGACGCAGGCUGACUGUCAGGCUUCGCUCGAGGCACCGCC